AUGAACAGCAUCAGCAAGACUGAGGUCAAUAAACGCCGCCAAUACUUUAUUGCGGACAUCUGCAGCAAAAUUGAUAAAUUUUGCGAGUUAGGGACGCGACAUCAUCCCAAGAGCCCCUCGUGUGAGCCUUUCAACCCAAAUGGCCACGAUGGCUUCACUAAGCACGGUGGUUUCAACCUGUGUGUUUUCAUUAAAUUCAAAAUUUUUCCACCUGAGAAAUGGGUCAUACGGGUACCUUUUCCAGACAGUCCUUGGGUUACCGAAAGAAUGAGCUCAGAAAUAGCUACAAUGAGGUAUGUUGCCACCAAGACUACUAUUCCGGUACCACGGGUAUAUGCCUACUCUCUCAGCGACGAUAAUAUGAUAAAAUCACCUUUUUUGAUAAUGAACUAUGUCGAGGGCAAAACUCUUCAUGAGUUACGGUUCCAAAGAGGGAAGCGCACUCCAGACUUCCAAGUACGACAAGUCUAUAAACAAAUUGGCGACAUUAACCUUCAACUACGCCACCUUGAAUUUCCUACAAUUGGAGCUUUAGGUCUGCCAGAAAGGUCUACUGAGCUCCUAAAUGCCUGCAACCCCGAUAGCAUCGCAGUUCAAAAUCGACCUCUUACUCUAAACAUGGCCAUGCAAGCGGCCGAGGGUUAUCAGCCAGAUACGAUUAUUGAGCAAGGAAAAACGUUCCAGACAGCUCGCGAAUUUGUGGCUGCUCUUAUUCGUCUUUCUGAGAACCAGUUUAAUAGAUCACCAGACAUAGGAUUGGACAAACGACGUGGCCGCUCGUUGCUCUACGCCAGGGACGCCUUCCAUCGUUUUGCUUCUAAGGACUGGCUUGAAAUAGAUAGUCCAUUUGUUCUUUUGCAUGGAGAUAUCACUCUCCACAAUAACAAUAUCCUUUUCAACCAGGAUCUUAAAGCCGUUGGCGUAAUCGAUUGGGAAUGGUCAUUUGUGGGACCUGUCCAAUUCCUCGUGCCCCCCGUCUGGUUGACGGGGUCAGGAUUCGGGUUUAUGCUAUUAGAAGUUAACUGGUAUAAACAAGAGGUGGAGCGGCUACUCUGCCAGAUCAAGCACAAUGAAGCCUCAUUGCAAAGUACGACUUUGCUCUCUCGUCUCUGGGAAACCUUCGCUGGUCCAUGCGGCACAGCAGUGGCUACGGCAUUGUUACACUCGGAUUAUAUAUACGAAGCAUUUUGGGGUAUUUUAUUUUGGGAAAUUCAUGGUGUGGAUCGACAUGCUCCUAGGUUCGAAAUGGGCAAGUACUCCGGUGGGCUUAUAAUCCCACUUCUCGAGGAUUUUAUGACCCCUGAUAAAACCAAGCUCCUUGAUCAAAAGCGUAGAGAGCAGGACCUCUUCUGGCAGAAGGAACAAGAAUUUUUUGGCAUGGAGGAGAAGACUCAGUUUCUCAGUUAA